CCCUCAUCAACGUUUCACCCUCUCUCCCUCGCCGUAUCAAAGUUAACACAUCACCCUCACCACCAUGAAGACUGCCUGCGUUGCUCUCGCUCUUUUGGGAAGCUCCUCCGCUUUCGUCGUCCCCAUGGCGAACGUCCGGACGACUAGCAGCUCCUCCACUUCUUUGGCCAUGUCGAGCGAGCCCAUGACCCGAUCGCAGGCGCUCAGCAACCUUUUCGGCGCCACCGCCGCUGUCGCCGCGGCAGCAGCCGUGCCGGGCGUCGCCUUCGCGGACGGGGCCAAGUCCCUCGCCACCCAGUCCCGGGCGCGGGGCAUCUACGGCAACCGCAUCGCCGCGCUCAAGGGGGCGGUGGACAAGGGAGACACGGCCGCCAUCGUGGCUGAGCAGAACUGCUUCCGUCUCUUCAACUCGGGCGUGUACUCGACCGACAAGGCCAAGUUCGCGGAGGCGGAGGCGCUGGCCAAGAGCGUAGUUCAGGCGGCCGGCGCGGGCGACGCGAAGGCCCUCAAGGACUCGUACGCGGCGUACAUGAAGUACACGGAGAAGAAGAGCGGCUACAACGGGGCCGGCGACGGGCAGGGCUUCGGCUCGGAGUUCGACUACAAGAACAGGACACCUCUUGGCACCGUGUACCAGAGGUAAAGCGAGCCCCGACUGUUGGAGGGCAGAGGAACCAACACCUUCGGCCCGUACAACUUUGGUCAUGAUUUUUUUGAUGGUCGCGUCCAUGAGGGGACCGCCCUCUUUUUGGAUGCCAGGGGGUGGGUGGGGACGCAACCGUUGCCCCGGGCUUGACGACAGCUUGUGGAAAUCCUUCAGCUUCGGCGGGGUUCAGCGUACGCGAUGCCUGUAGCCGUGUUUUGCUGUGGCUGCAGCCCACAACAGGACACGAGAAGAAAAUGCUGCGUUCGUCCUAGCGUUACUAAAAUUAAACGAGGGCAUGGUGCGUUUCGGAGCAGGAGUGCCUUACACACAUCUGCGGCACGUAGAGCAGUCAUGCGGAUACGGUUAUUUUUUUGGCCGGUGUUUUGCAAUAGGGUGCGGGUACAGAUGAGGGGUGGAAAUAAGGCUCGGGUUGCGAGAUAGAAACAUAGACGACGAAGCGUUCUGGCGGAUAUUGCAGGGGGGUAAAAGCGCGGGCGCUGCGUUGCUGGUUCACUUGUACUCUGCUGUAUUUCGCGUCCCGUUUACCGCCGAGUUUGACGGUUGGUUAUGUGUGUAGAAUUGGCCAUGUUACUCGAUUUUGCUGUGGAACGGAGAAAGAGAACAAGUGGCGAUGCACUUGUUUAACUUUGCGUACAGGACACAUCAAAACAAAGUCUCCUCUGUUGUGACCUCGUGUCGUCACCACAAUGCUAAACAUACGUUUUUUUGCACCGAUAGAAAUAGAGCGAACCCUCC